AAUAAAACAAUAUUGAAGAUUGCACACAUACAAUCAACAGUAGUUUCCCAAAAUAUUAAGAAGCUCAAUCUGAUCGAAAGUUUUUGAUUUUCGUUAUGCUAUUGAAUAUUUAUUGAAUUAUUUUCUUCCGUUUUAAAAUUUUACCAGUUAUAUUUUACAGCAGCUAUUAAUCAUGUCGGGAAAAGACAAAUUACCAAUUUUUCCAUCCCGUGGUGCUCAAACCAUGAUGAAAGGGCGUCUCAUGGGUGCACAAAAAGGUCAUAGUUUGUUAAAGAAAAAAGCUGAUGCCUUACAGAUGAGAUUUCGUUUGAUCCUUAGCAAAAUAAUUCAAACAAAGACAUUGAUGGGUGAAGUAAUGAAAGAAGCAGCAUUCUCUUUAGCUGAAGCUAAAUUUACAACUGGUGAUUUUAAUCAAGUUGUCUUGCAAAAUGUUACAAAAGCUCAAAUAAAAAUUCGCACCAAAAAAGAUAAUGUUGCUGGUGUGACAUUACCAGUUUUUGAAAGUUAUCAGGAUGGUACAGAUACAUAUGAAUUGGCUGGUUUAGCUCGUGGUGGUCAGCAAUUGGCAAAACUUAAGAAAAACUAUCAAACUGCUAUUAAACUUUUGGUUGAAUUAGCAUCAUUGCAAACAUCUUUUGUUACAUUAGACGAUGUUAUUAAAAUAACAAAUAGAAGAGUCAAUGCUAUUGAACAUGUUAUUAUACCCAGAAUUGAAAAAACACUUGCCUACAUUAUUUCUGAACUUGAUGAACUAGAGCGAGAAGAAUUUUACAGAUUAAAGAAAAUUCAGGAUAAGAAGAAGAUUGCCAAUAAAAAGAAAGAACAACAUAAGAAAGAUUUGAAGGAAGCCGAGUAUAGUAACAUGUUGGAUGAAGGAGAUGAGGAUUUGUUAUUUUAAUUGAGAUAAUGUCAAAAAUAUUUUACCUCAAAUAAAUAUGAAUUAGGCACUGUAAAAGAA